AUGGAAGGAACGCUUCGGGCGCUCAAUGUCCCCCUUGUCGCCAUUUCCUGUGUCGACGGCGAGAUACCAUCGGCUCUCACCUGCUGGUGCCGCGGGAGCCGCGACGGCGGUGCUGCUGAUAACAGCAGCGAAUCGGACACUGCUGCCACCGGAGCUACAACGAAGAGGUCGCCGAUGGAAGGCAGUGCCCACAUAACCAUCAUGGACGAGUGCUACCACCCGACGCAGCUGUCGCUAUCGGAGAAGGUACGGGACGCCCUCCGGGGCACGGGAGCCCUGUACGCCGUUGACAGCUCGUGCGUGUACCCCGUGAACACGAGCGGAGGUGGCGGCACACGGGCGGGAGUAGGCGCGGCCACGGGUGGCGUCACUGGCGUUUUGUCCCCUGAAGAGUUUCGCCAAACUCAGGAUGGCUGCUUGCCGGCCGUUCUUGCCGACCUGACCAUACGGCCGCGGCUACCCCUGAAACCGCAGCUGCAAAACCAGACGUUCGUCGGUGGUGGAGAAAGGGCGAUGCUUCCUCGAGAAUUUCAGCUGGGCGCCGGGGCGACCGCGAGCUCGGCGAUCGCGGUAGACUGGGACAAACUCCGAGAAAUAUCGGCACGCCGAUUCCCGGGGUUCGGCAAACCUAUUCCGAGCGAGUUGGCGUCUUCAGAUAAGGACCUGAUCUCGAUUUUUGGGGGGGGCGAGCGUGUCGGCGAGAUGGCGCUACGGCAGACUGUGCACUUGGCGGUUGCUUCCACACCAGAUGGCCAACGAUCGGCGGGCACAGGCGUGGGUUCGAGUUCCCACACGGAUGGCAACGGUGGCUUGCCACCGCCUGAGGGAAUAUGCGGUCGCUUGGAGAGUGAGACGGCGGGGCUAGGAUUUGGUGGGAGCUUGCUUCACUUUCUACGUCUCGGCUCCGUGUCUUCCCUCUCCGUUGUUCAGGCGAGAAUACACCGCCGGUUGGCCGUUGUGUUGAUUGUUUCGUGA